AUGUCGGACGACGAGGCAGACCCGGAGCUGUUGGCGCUGCUGCGGCAGCAUCUGAUGGGCCGACCGGCCGUGGACGAGGACGCCGAGACGGGCGUGCUGGAGGGGGCUGAGUACGUGUGCGACAACGCGAUCGACGUGGCCCUGGACAUGCGGUCGUGCAAGGACGCAGCCGAGACGAUUUACGGCCGGAUGCAGCGUCAGGCCUACUCGACGGCCACCUGGGCCGAGCACGAGCUGCACCCGACGGCACGCGACGCGUCGACGGUCGCCUUCAUCUUCACCAUGGACCUGCUCAACUUCUCCUUCUGGUCCGAGCGGCCGGCGGCCGACCGCUUCGGCAUCGAGUACCGCGGCAAGACCUGGACCGGCUACUGGAGCCUGGUGGCCGCCCUGCAGCGAGCACUCGACGAGGGUGUGCCGAUCACGAGCUCCGACUUCUGGCAGAGCGAGGACGAGUGUGAUAUGGCCCUCAUGCGUCGCGUCUUCCGCUCUGCCACGGACGAGGAGAUGCCCCUGCUGGCCGAACGGCUCGACUGUCUGCGUCAAGCUGGCCGCGUGCUCUACCAAAAGUAUGGCUGCUGCUUCACAAACGUCCUCGCCGCGGCCGACGGCUCGGCUGCCCGCCUCGUCAACAUCCUCGCCCGCGACUUCGCCUGCUUCCGCGACGAGUUCCCCUAUCCUGGCCGUCGUCGCCCCAUCCGCUUCCUUAAGCGCGCACAGAUCCUCGUCGCUGAGCUCUGGGCCUGCUUCCAGGGCACCGGCUACGGCGCCUUCCACGACAUUGACAAACUCACCAUGUUUGCCGACUACCGCGUGCCGCAAAUCCUGCACAGCCUCGGCUGCCUCUACUACAGCCCGCCGCUGCUCACGAUUAUCCGGCAGCAGAAGCCGCUUGCCAGCGGCAGCGAUCUCGAGAUGCAGCUACGAGCCUGCACUAUCUGGUGUGUCGAGCUGAUCCGCAGGGAGAUCGUGCGCAACCACCCCGACGCCAAGAUCAACGCCGUCCUCAUCGACUUCUUUCUCUAUGACACAAUGAAGGAGCUCGAGGCCGCCAGCAAAGACGAGGUCCCGCAUCACAGGACCCGCAGCAUCUGGUACUGA